ACCGAAAGGAAGAAAAUAGGAAAAGAAAAAAAGAAAAAAAUAUAUAAUAUAAUAAUAAAAAAAAUCCAUAAAUCAGCAACUUCUUCGAGCAACCCUUUGUCUCUCUCUGUGUGGUGACGCUAAAUUAGGAAUCAAAAUAGGGGUCCAUCAGAGAUGAUGUUCUUGCAGGAACUGAUACUGUACACUGCGAGCACCGCUCUGAGUUGCUUUUACUUUAUGCAAAUAUGCCACUAACUUUUACUUUAUGCAAAUAAUCCGCCAAAAAGACCGAAAGCAAGAAAAUAGGAAAAGAAAAAAAGAAAAAAUAAAAUAAUAUAAUAAUAAAAAAAUCCAUAAAUCAGCAACUUCUUCGAGCAACCCUUUGUCUCUCUCUGUGUGGUGACGCUAAAUUAGGAAUCAAAAUAGGGGUUCAUCAGAGAUGAUGUUCUUGCAGAAACUGAUAUUGUACACCGCGAGCGCCGCUCUGAGUUCCGUGGCAUUGUCCGCUGCGCAACGACACUUCAACCCGAAUCGCGAGGCCUCCGAGAAAGCUUUCGAACUCAAGGAGAAAAUCGCUAAACGCUUGGGUCGUCCUCUUAUUCAAACCAAUUCUUAUGAGGAUGUUAUUUUUGGUGACGUUAUAAACCCUGACCAUAUUGAUGUGGAAUUCAACUCUAUCGGUGGAUUGAAAAAGAUCAAACAAGCUUUAUUUGAGUUGGUGAUUCUUCCACUACGGAGGCCUGACCUGUUUAGCCAUGGAAAGCUUCUUGGCCCACAAAGAGGGGUCUUGUUAUAUGGACCACCUGGUACUGGAAAAACCAUGCUUGCAAAAGCUAUCGCAAAAGAGUCGGGUGCUGUUUUCAUUAAUGUGAGGAUAUCAAAUCUUAUGAGCAAAUGGUUUGGUGAUGCUCAAAAACUUGUUGCUGCUGUGUUUUCCUUGGCUUAUAAACUCCAGCCUGCUAUCAUAUUCAUUGAUGAGGUGGACAGUUUCUUGGGUCAGCGCCGAAGCACUGAUCAUGAAGCAUUAACAAACAUGAAAACUGAGUUCAUGGCUUUAUGGGAUGGCUUUACAACAGAUCAGAAUGCUCGGGUUAUGGUUCUUGCUGCAACUAACCGCCCAUCAGAGCUUGAUGAAGCAAUACUUAGGCGUUUUCCUCAAGCUUUUGAAAUUGGGAUACCUGGCCGCAAGGAGAGGGCCGAGAUACUAAAGGUGAUUUUGAAGGGUGAAAAUGUCGAAGACAACAUUGACUGUGACCAUAUAGCUAGCUUGUGUGAGGGUUGUGCUGGUUCAGAUCUGCUUGAACUUUGCAAGAAAGCUGCUUAUUCUCCUGUCAGGGACCUACUGGAUGAAGAGAAGACUGGAAAACGUUCAGUUGCACCUAGGCCAAUGUCACAGUCAGAUUUGGAAACAGUUAUUGGCACUUCAAGGAAAACAAAGGUAGCUGCAAGUGAAUACACUGGAUUAAACUCGCAAUCUUCAGGGUGGUCAAGGAGUGGGGAGUCAGGUGAUUAUCCUGUUCAAGCUGCAAUAAGUGAGCUCUCUAGGCUUGUGGUCUCCCAAAUGUCCAACAUUCAAACAGAUGCCCAAGACCCUUAAAAUCCUGACCCUCUCUAUUUGCGAAGUCUGUUUCUUUCUUUUGACCUUAUAAGCAGUACCUCUUAGGCAGUUAAUUUCUAUUAAGAGGGUUUAAAGCUAUUAAUCAAAUUUCAUUUUUUUUGGGUCUUGUAUUUGAAACUUGGCUUGUCAUGGCUUAUUAGCUAUUAUAUACACAUACACAUAUAUAUGUAUAUAAUAUUUCAUAUAUGUUUCGAAGA